AGAGAGGGACAGCAGUGCAGAGGUGGUGAGAGUGAGGAAGGGAUUGAAGGGAAGAAAGAGAGACAUGACAAACAUAUCAAAAGGCAGAAAGCACGCCGUACCAUGCGAGCUAAAUUGGUGACCGAUGGGAUCGAGGAUGUCGGAUUAAUGGUGACGACCGCAGCCCGUUUUCGCAGAGGAAGCUUCUCUAUUGCAACUUGGGCGCAGAGGGUCCGAGGGGAAACAUGGCCGAAGGAGGGCCGGGUAAAGGUGGCGGAGAAGACCCCGCCAAGUCCACCGAGCAGGAGGACCGGACUCGACCUCAGAUCCUGUCGGGAUCGGGCUUCUGCAAAUGGUUCAACGUCCGGAUGGGCUUUGGAUUUAUCUCAAUGACCAGCAGCGAAGGGAGCCCCGUUGACCCCCCUCUGGAUGUUUUCGUCCACCAAAGCAAACUGGUGAUGGAGGGCUUCCGCAGCUUAAAGGAGGGUGAGCAGGUGGAGUUCACCUAUAAGAAGUCCUGUAAGGGCCUGGAGUCCCUGCGGGUGACCGGACCUGGUGGGGGACCCUGCGCAGGCAGCGAGAGAAGACCCAAAGGGAAGGUCCCACUCCAGAAACGCAAACCAAAGGGAGACCGGAAUAUAAUGAUUCAUACGCACCAGUCUUGGCUUCAUCCAACAAAAGCUGAAUAUAUCUGUUAUAACUGUGGAGGUCUGGAUCACCAUGCCAAGGAGUGUGGCCUGCCCCCCCAGCCAAAGAAAUGCCACUACUGCCAGAGCAUCACGCACAUGGUGGCUCAGUGUCCCCACAAGGCGCUGGCGCCCGCCACAGGCUCUCAGGACCAACAUGCGUCUACCUCGGCCUUCAGCCCAGGGACCGGGCCCUACCUCUGCCCCCCAGAGGAGGAGGAGCGCUCCGCCUCGUCUCCCCUGGAGGGCUCCUCCUCUUCCCCUGAGGAGCCCCACACACACCGCGGCCCCCGGACCCAGAGGUGGAGGAAAUCCUGAAGACAGCCCAUAGAGGUGAACCUUUCACCACUAACUCCUGACCCUCAUGUCUCCCCUCAAUCAAG